ACAGCCAAGUCGUCGGAUCGACUUCGUAUAUCCGCGAGGCUCACCUAGUCAUUUGGUGCGAGCACUCGGUCGCGGACGUGUGUUCGAGCUCGUGUUCAGCAAACAGGUUCAGGAGUGAUCGAAUUGUGAGGCCGGCGUUUCGAUAUGCGUAACACGAUGGACAUCCGAGCGCAGUUUCAGAAAAAUGGUUACGUCAUUUUGGAGGACUUCUUUCGUCCGGAGGAGAUCGAGGAAUUAAAAUCGUGCGGAGAAGAAUUUACGAACAAGUUGCCAUCUGAAUCGGAACGGCAGAUAUUUAGUGCGACAGAAUUACCGCAGAAUAAGGAGAAAUAUUUUUUGGAUAGCGCCAACAAAAUAAGUGUCUUCUUCGAGUCUGAAGCUCUGGAGAAAGACGGAAAAUUGAAGGUUCAUCCAAGAGUGUCGUUAAACAAAGUGGGUCAUGCACUUCAUUGGUUACAUCCUACCUUUAAAAAAUAUUCCUUCGAUGAAAGAGUUAAAGAAGUCGCUUUUCAGUUAGAAUAUCAAGAGCCAGCAGUGUGUCAAUCGAUGUACAUUUACAAGAAUCCCAGAAUAGGCGCGGAAGUUACAAUGCAUCAAGAUGCAUCGUAUUUAUAUACGGAGCCAAUGACGCUCGUGGGUUUCUGGAUCGCAUUGGAAGACGCUACGCAAGAAAACGGAUGUCUAUGGAUUGCCCCGGGUUCACAUCAGAGCGGAGUGCACAGGCGUUACAUAAGAAACAAGGAUGCAAAUUCUCAAGAAUUAUUAAUAUACGAUAGAGCGGCGCCUUGCUAUCCAUUAAGUAAUUUCAGGCCUGUACCUGUACGCAAAGGAACUUGCAUUCUUAUUCACGGCCAAGUAGUGCACUUUUCUUAUCCCAACAAGAGCGAAACAUCGAGACACGCUUAUACACUUCACGUGAUCGAGACGAAACACGCGUCCUAUUCGAAGGAGAAUUGGCUUCAACCACCUGCUGAAGGAUUCGCGAACCUCUAUAGAAAUUAAGUGUAUUGUAUUUUUGUUUAAAAAUUGUUUGUCACAUUAUAUUGUAUUAAUUU